AUGGCGUUGAAAAAGAAGAAGAAACCGAAGUCGGAAAAGGAACAAUUGUACAUGCUCGAAAUUCUUAUUGAUUCUCUCGAUCUGUGCCCCGAAAAGAGUGUCAACGGUAGAGAAUGCGAUAUGAUGAUCUGCAUAGGCUUCAUCGAUCUCACGCCCAUUGAUAUAAUCCUCAAGAAUCACACCGAGGUUAAAGGCGGAAGAAGCAAGAACAAAGAAAAUCGUUUUCUUGAUGAGUGCAACAAGUACAAGGGUAAGACGUGUUUGUUCGCUCAAACACCGAGCAAUUUAAUGCGAUCUAUGAAAUCAACUCCUCUGAGUAUCGAAGUGUAUCGAAUCCCUCGCGGCGAGAAUCGUAACUUGCGCGAUGAGCACACCCUUCUCUGCGCGGCAGCGGCAUUUCCGUCCGAAUCUUUCUGCGAUCAAGUGACUGCAGCCAAGAACAAGAUAGACGGAUUGUCUAAACCCUGUACCGUGAUGGAGACUUAUACUUUGGCCAACGAGCAAGGUAAACCCUGUGGAUCCGUAUCAAUGUAUCUGAGACUGUCGUGCUUUGGAAGCUCCAUUAUCGACCACUUAACGCUCCGUGAAAAGUCGUACGUGUUUCAAGGAUUUCCUCUCGACUGGAAAUUUCACCGCGCGAAACUGCAUGAUAAAGACACAAAUGAAACGAGUAGGAUAAAAUAUGACGACAAUGUAUUAUUCGAUAAGAUUUUAGGCUCUGCGUAUUCGAAGUUGCACGAUCAUACGGAUGCGGCUUUCGUACUGACCAGACCGGAAUCACCGCCUCGUGUAUCGAUGGAGCAACCGGAAUUCGAGAAGCUAACGAGCGCCGAAAAACUGAACGAUCGCAAAUACCGUGGUUUGAUUUACGACAUGUAUCCCGAUGAGCCAACUUGUUCGUGUCCACCAUCGGACCGACCAUCGCAUCCUAUGAUAUGUCGUUCCGGAUGCACUCGGUCUUGUUGCAUGGCCUUGAGAAAUCCAGAUAUCCUCAGAAAUUACAGCGACGAUGGCCGAUCGCUCGCUACGCUUACUGAUGACGCCAACAAUUUGGAUCCUACUAUGAAACGGAGCACGGCUGGGAGCGCUUCGAGAAUGAGAGGCGGCGGCAGAGAGGAUACGGGUUUAGACAACGAAGCGUUAUGGGACGACGAAUACACCUGGCGCAAGGGAAACUUAAUGAACCGCACGGCGGGUGGGAGCGACUAUGACAAAUCAGCGUAUCCGCCUUCCGAAGCAGCGACUACCAUAAUAUAUCAAAAAGGUAAGGAACCGAAUGUUGGCUCAUCGCACAGAUCACACCCAAGAAGCGAAGUCAAGGCUGCUGCCGCCAAUUGCGUCUGCCCGGGGAAAGAGACGUCAUCUUGGAGAGCGGGCACAAAGUGCUCAAAGAAACCGUGCGUGGGAGCAGAUUGCUUGAUACGCGCCUUCAAAGAGGCUCAAGCAUUCGUGGAUUCUAUCGGCAAAGUGCCGGGUAUGGUGGGUCUCGGCUUGAUGGAUCCAUCGGAGAGCCCAUACUUCGGUAGAGACAUAGACAAGGAUUAUCCCGUUCACGAAACGCCGAGCGAGAGAAAACUGAGAUAUCCCGUCCCGUUAACAGCGGUAUCCCCGAGUGUGCUACUGUGUACUGCUCCUUGCAACACGCUCAUCGAUAAAUCCAUCCUCAGUAGCGCUUCUUUACCUUACGCUUUUCCCAUGGCGGUUCCAGAACGCAUUGGUGUCGUACGCGACGCAAAACCGAUGUUACCUUCGGUCGCCGUCAAAUCAAAAAAGAAGGAAGACAAGAAGGAGGAGAAGGCAGAAAAACAGAAGGACGAUAUUUCGACUAUUCCGUCACAGGAUAUCGUCGUUGGUCCAUGUGGUGAACCAAAAUGCAAAUCCCGGCCGAAGGUGCCCGGUAACAACCGGACAGUACCGCGCGAAAAAGUCGAGGAACCGCAGAAGCUCGCCGUGAAAUCGCAACCGCCAAGCACGAUUACCGCGAGAAGUCUUAAAUCGAUCGAAAGGGCACGACAGUUGAAGAGUAAGCUAGGUCCUGAAGGUGAUCGCGACAUCGUAAGGGGUCCUAUCAAGGUCAGCAAACGAGUGAUGCGCUACGUGCACUCGAUCGGCGACGUUUAUCCUGGGAUUCAUUACGGUCACAAGAACUGCAUCGACCCGCGACUCAGAGUGCCGGCUAACAUGGGCUGGUUGUGGAACACCAGCACCACCAUAGGCAAACUGAAACCGCGAAUUGGCUGGAAGCCGGGCGCGAUCAGUCGUUAUUUGAACGAAUUGCUAAAAGCAGCUAAGGGCAUUUCCCUGAUGGAAGAUAGUCGGUCAAGGUCGGUGCCAUCGCGCACAGGUUUGCGACGCGGUAAGGUGUUCAAGACCCUCAGCUACGUGUCGCAGACGAAGAAGGAAGGCGAAGAGGAGGCGGAACCGCCGCCGACCCUGCAUAUUCAUCGGAAGGACGGCACGUACUACGUGACGAUGUAUCCGAUCAAGCCGGAGACGACGGACGUGGCGCAGCUAGAAGAACCGAUGAAGCCGCUACAGUUCAAGAUAGUCAAAAGUAAGGACGACGCCUCCGUCGCGUCGAGCUCGACGGCGUCGGACAUGGAGAUCGAGUUCUCGCCACCGGCAGCAGUAAGCAGAUAUCGCAGGAAGCCUGAUGUGAUCCACGUGGACACUCAGGUCAGGCAGCAGGAAAUCCUCGAGGCUUUCCAACCGACCGAGCCCGUACCGAAGAAGAAGGAGAGAAAGGGCAGGCGAGAAAGAAGAGGGAGGAAGUAGCGAAACCAUCCCUUGCCGCUUACUUUCCCGCGAUCGUGAGAGGCAAGUACCAAAAGCGAGUUUACGUCUUGAGUACAGUUAAAUGCUACCCAGCCGGUUUCAUUGUCCUGAUUUUGCGCGACGCGUUAAAUUCGACUACGUACAACUCAUAACUUGUUUACAUUUUCCAAUCAGCUGAUUAUGAAAUUUACAUGUGAGGAAAACAGAUAAAGUGAUUACGUUAUUUAAUAUCUUGAUGCUAGAAUAACCUGAAUAUAUGAUAUUUAUCUCCAGACAUUCUCUUUUCCAUGUUACAUCACACAAAUUGAUUAAUUACAACUCUGGAUCUAAAUUAUUUUUUACCAAUAUAUGCAACGAAAAACUAGCGUAUAUACGCACACACACAUAUACACAUAUAUUUGAUAUUAUGUUUAGAUUGCUAAAAGACCCAUUUAAUAUUCUAAUACGUUCAAGCUAUCGCUUGAAAACAUCGCUACAAAAUUAUAGAUAGUUUUGUAAUAAAAAAUAAUAGAAUUAUUUAUCUAAGAAAGAGAUCGAGUAUAAAAAUAAGUAUUAAAAGUAUUUGUGAUAUAUCGACAUAAUAGAUUAAUACACGAAUAAUUAAAUAAUUAUGAAGCAGCAAAUUUUAGUCUCGCUUUCAAUUGUCAAUCUGCCUAUCAUUAUUAUAUCUCCUGACAAAGUGCAUGUCUAAUAAAUAUGAAUACAAUUAAUAUAAUACAAUAGAAAUAAACUUACAGUUGAUGCCAUUUUGUUGUAAUGUGCUCAUUGCGGCUGUAAAAAUUUCGGCGUUGAGAUGUCCGAAAUUUGGAGAACGCGUGACGUGAACCUGAAAUAUUCGGAGAAUAUUUUUAGUACGAAAACACCGAUUUCUUUCUCACGCGAAAACAUUUUGAAGUCUAUUAUAUUAAUUUGAUCCUUUGGAAUGAAAUAAUUUGAUCUUUUAUGAGAACGGAUUUUUUUACAGCUUGG